AAACAAGUGCACAUGGUAGAUGAAAGCUGACGGGAAGGCAGCGCGGAAACAUCUCAGAGCACUCUUUGGUGAUAACGGGUGUGUGCAUCGCGUGGUGUCCGAAGGCACAGCAUCAUGAGCCAGUGGAAGCAGAUUCAACAGCUGGAGAUCAGACUCCUGGAGCAGGUGGAUUACCUGUAUGACGAUAACUUCCCCAUGGACAUCAGGCAGGGGCUGGCCAGCUGGAUCGAGUCUCAGGACUGGGACACCGCGGUGAACGACGAGUCGAUGGCUGGCGUGCUCUUCACCAACCUGCUGACCCAGCUGGAGAGGGUGCGCUCGCAGGAGCAGAACUUUCUGCAACGACACAACAUGAAAAUAAUCCAGCAGCAGCUGCAACUGAAAUACGCCACCAAUCCUGCUGUAAUGGCCAGAGUCAUCUCCACCUGUCUCAGGGAAGAGCGCCGUAUUCUCUCCAGUGCCUGCAUGCAAGAACAGGGUCCUCUGGAGAAGUCUUUGCAGAACUCUGUGGCGUUUGAGAGGCAGAAGAACAUGGACAACAGAGUUGGGAUCAUCAGGGGCAGCGUGCAGUUGAUGGACCAGGCUGUGAAAUACAUCGAGGACAUGCAAGAUGACUUUGAUUUCCGCUACAAGACCCUGCAGUCUCGAGAAUCAACUGAUAGAAACUCUGACGUGAUGAAACAGGAAGUAACAAGACUACAGGAAAUGCUAAACCGGCUUGACUUUAAAAGGAAGGAGAUUUUAUCAAAGAUGGACGUUGUGAUCAAAGAGAUUGACGACCUGAUGACCUCUCAGCUAAACCCUGAGCUGCAGGACUGGAAACGAAGGCAGCAGAUUGCUGCCAUCGGGGGUCCUCUGCUCACCGGGCUGGAGCAGCUGCAGAGCUGGUUCACCCUGACUGCCCAGAGCCUUUUCCAGAUCAAGCGUCAGCUGGACAAACUGGGGGAGCUGGUGGUGAAGGUGACCUAUGAGAGCGACCCAAUACCCCUGCAAAAGCCUCAGAUGGAAGAGAGAGUGAAAUAUCUCAUCUACCAUCUCAUCAAGAGUUCAUUUGUGGUGGAGAAGCAGCCAUGUAUGCCCACACAUCCACAGAAACCCCUCAUCAUUAAGACUGGAGUACAGUUCACCACCAAAGUCAGACUCCUGGUUAAACUUCCAGAAGUGGAUUAUCAGCUGAAAGUGAAAACAACAUUUGACAAGGACCUCCCCCCGGGCAGAGUAAGUCGUCAGUUUUUCAUCCUGACCAACAACACUAAAGUUAUGGACAUUGAGGACUACUCAAACGGCUGCCUCUCAGUGGAGUUCAGACAUCUGCAGCUGAAAGAGAAGAAAUAUAUCAACGGCACCAAAGGGAACGAGGGCCUGCUCUCUGUGACAGAAGAACUUCACUCUCUCAGUUUUGAGGCCUGCUUCACGGUGCAGGGCCUCACCAUCGACCUGGAGACGUGUUCCCUGCCGCUCGUUGUGAUUUCCAAUGUGAGCCAGCUGCCUGGAGGCUGGGCCUCCGUCAUGUGGUACAACCUCCUGACUGAUGAGCCGAGGAACCUGGCUUUCUUUGGGAACCCUCCUCGGGCCAGCUGGAGCCAGCUCUCUGAGGUCCUCAGCUGGCAGUUCUCCACUUUUGCCGGGCGAGGCCUCAACAAAGAGCAGCUCACCAUGCUGGGAGAAAAGCUCUUUGGUCAGCAUGCCUCCUGCAGCGACUAUCAAGUGUCCUGGUCCAAGUUUUCCAAGGAGAAUAUUCCAGGGAAGCCGUUCAGCUUCUGGAUGUGGCUCGACUCGAUCCUGGAGCUCAUCAAGAAGCACCUGCUGCCGGUCUGGAAUGAGAACUACAUCAUGGGAUUUGUGAGUAAAGAGAUGGAGCGAGCCUUGUUGAAGGACAAAGAGCCAGGCACGUUCCUGUUACGCUUCAGCGAGAGCCACCUCGGCGGAAUCACCUUCACCUGGGUGGAGCACGGCGAUAACGGUGAGGUGAAGUUUAACUCUGUGGAGCCUUACACUAAAAACCGGCUCAGCGCGCUCCCGUUCGCCGACAUCAUUCGAGACUACAAAGUAAUCUCAGACGGGGUUGUCCCCGAAAACCCACUCAAGUUCCUCUACCCCGACAUCCCCAAAGACGAGGCCUUCGGGCGGCUUUACAACAGCCAGCCCAGCAAAGUGCAUCCUUACAUCCCAUCAACCCUGAUCCCCAUCUCAGAAAUGCGCUCCAACGCGAGCACCACCCCGCGGUCGUGUCAGUCUCCGGAGCCCCCGAUGACACCUGGAGAGUUUGACAUGCUCAAUGAGCACCUGUGCUUCGACAUCGACACCAUGAGCUCUCCGUAUUCAGAGUAAAAAGAGGGAAGAAAAAAAAAACAUCUGCAUCUGGAGCUUCUUUGAAUCCUUUGUCAAUAUCGUGACUCCCGUGAGGGUGUUGUUUUUACAGAGUUUGUGGUUAAUGUGUUUUUAAAGCAUAUUUUGCUUUGUUGUCCAUGAAAGAAAAGUUUGUAUCAUGCUGGUUUUGUGCCUUUAAUAUUUUGCAUGUUCAGUCAUGUUUUUCUAUAAGAAAUGAAUUGUAUAUAAAUCAAUCUGAACAUGUUUUGUUUAUGUUUUUUGUAGUUGACAUUAUUUUGAUACUUUGUCUGCAUCUGUCUCUUUUACCUGUUUGUUAUUGGCAAAAAAGUUAAAUACACGCAGUGUUUUGA